AGUUUUCUUUUUACUUUUCAAUUUAAAAUUUACAACGAACGCGCCUAACAAAUUAAUUAUUUUCGGAUUUUGGUUCAACAGGCGAAACUCUUUUAGAGAAUCAAUUAUUUUUAGAAUUCAAUCAAAAAAGAUAAUUCACAUGAACCUUGUAUAUUGUUCGCCAGUAUUUGCUAAAUUUCACCACUGACAUGUAAAUUUCUACACCAACAAAGCAAAUGCAACAGAUCAGCUAAGCAGAUAUCACUUAUUUUUCAUUGUUUGACUGCAGAAGUUGGAACAAAUUUAAAGGAGUCCAAGAGAAGCAGUUAAUUACAAAUUGUUAGAAGACACAAUUAUGCGUCUCUUCAAAACACGCAAAUCCAUUGAUACAUAUAGCACUACUUCAUCUCCGCACCAUUCACAGCAUAUUAACAAUUCAGCAGUGGCAACAUGUACUUCAAAAUUUACCAAAACGAUAGCAGGCAGUUCAGCAAUUUCUUCUUCACUGCCUGAUCUGCAUGACUCACCCGUCAUGAUACUCAGCUGCACAAAUCUAAGCACAAGUGGUCUUACGCCUCCACGUGCGCCAUCCGUAGCCAGCACCGUGAAUAGCAGUAACAGUGGCGCCUCAUCACAUACACACUCACCACUGCAUUUAACGCCAGCGCAUAAUGCAAGUGGACGUCAAACACCCUCGGCAUUGUCAGUGGCAUCACUCAAUGAUGCCACCUUACAACGUCAUGCGGCAUUGCCUACACACUUUCACAACAACAAAUGCAACAACACAUUAUACGUGAAUUAUGGUGGCAGCAGCAAUAAUAUAGCUGUCACUCAGCCGUACUAUCAGAAAUUCGGUAAUCAAAGUAUGGGUCAACAACGCAAUGCGUCAUCUUCAAGCAGUUGCAUAUAUGAAAAGAGUAAGAAUGGUGGCAUUUCUCUGACGCCAAAUGGUAAUGUGAGCAAUAAGGUCUGUAAUGGUGGCUCAACGAUAUCUUUAAUGGCACCAAAUGGUCAUUUACCAGAUUAUAAAUUAGUUACAGCAGUGCCGGUUGUCAUUUUAGAUGAGGACCAAAAGCAAAUAACGCCCACGCACACUACAUCUACAGCGACAACUCCAGUUGCAAAUGCAACAACAAUUGCACAGUUAACGACAGCAGCAAAUUCUACAACACGUAAUGUUUUUACUUGGGGUAAACGUAUGAGUCGAAAGCUUGAUUUACUUAAACGCAGCGACACCACCUCAACUCACAAAUCUCAUACGGACUUACGCAGCUUAUUUCAUUCUCCAACUCAUAACAACAACAAUAAUUCAAGCACUGCAAAAGACAACUAUCAGCCAAAUACCUUGAAGAAAUGUAAAUCUGGUCCAAUAGAAACAAUCAAGCAACAACAAAAAAACCAGCAGCAGCAGCAGCAACAUCAACAACAACAAAAUUCUAGCAAACAUGAAGCGACUUCAAGCCAAAGCAAAACCCAAACUAGCACUAGUUUGCAAAACACCCCCACCCAUACGACACAAAACACACAGCAACGUUCACAAAAGGCUUUGAAAAACUUUUUCCAUCGAAUUGGUUCAACUGGUAUGCUUAAUCAUAAAUCACAUAAUCUGGUCAAAGCAUCUGAGAAUCAAUCCACAACAACAACUCUAUACCGCAGCAGUUCAACAAGUCAGUUGACCAGUUGUUCCUAUGUCAAAUGCGAUGACCCUACAGAGGGUCUAAAUUUAGCUACUGGUAGGCAGGGAAAACUACAAAAGAGCACUACUAUAGCCGCCACAAGUCUCAAAUCAAGUAGUUGCGAUGAUAUUGCCAAAGUUGGUACAACUAUCACCUCACCCAAUGGUGAACACUCCUCAAAUGAUGUUCUUGCUACAAAUGAACAAUCUAAUCGACGUGGUGCGUUUCCAUAUGCAUUUUUACGUUCACGCCUGUCAGUCUUGCCUGAAGAAAAUGGAGGUUCUGUCAUGAAGCAGCCAUCAUUGUCAAGUUUACAUACAAUUGGUGGCAUAGAAUUGUCAUCGACUCAUCUUAAUCACCCUCAUCAUCAUCAACAGUACCUACAAGUACAACAUUCCCCUUUGCCAAAGCAUCGCAACUCAACAAUAUUGCCGGCCGGUGAUGCAGACUGUGUUUCCGACACAAUCUCAUUAGCGAGCACUUCUCCAAAUCAUAACCAGAAGAUGAUUUAUCGGAAUGGUGUAUUAAUUAAACGCUAUUCUUCGGAUGACAGUGCAAUAAGCAAUUGUUCCCCACAACAAAGUAGUACUGGCAAUGGUACCAAUGGUGACACAAUAGUUUCGCGAAAUAACAGCAUCUCAUCUAAGGACUGGGAACCACUUUACCAAAGAUUAAGUAGUUGUCUAAGUUCAAACGAAUCGGGCUACGAUAGCGAUGGUUGUGGUGGUGUCGGCCGUCAUGGCAGUAAUAGUCUUAGUGUCUCCGGGUGUGACACAGAAUCUAUUGCUUCGGGCACUCUUAAACGAAACUCAUUAAUAUCAUUGACAUCUUCGGAGGGCGUUGGUGGUGGUAUAGUAAUUGGUGGAAGUAUGCGUAGCGGCAGUGUAUGCAGUGGUCCUGUUUCUUUAGGAGGCUAUAACUACGAUUAUGAAACCGAAACCAUACGUAGACGAUUUAGGCAAAUCAAAUUGGAGCGUAAAUGCCAAGAGGACUUCAUAGGCUUAGUUUUAUCACCAAAGACAGUUAUGACAUCAACCAAUGAACAACAAUAUCGAUAUUUGAUUGUAGAGUUUGACCCUUAUGGUAUGGCCCAAAAGGAUGGCCGCCUACGUCUAGGUGAUGAAAUUGUUAAUGUAAAUGGAAAGCACCUGCGUGGCAUACAGUCGUUUCAGGAAGUCCAAAGACUACUUUCUAUAUUUGUAGAUAAUUCUAUCGAUUUAGUAAUUGCACAUGAUGAGAUCACAACAGUUACCGAUUUCUAUACAAAGAUUAAGAUCGAUAGUUCGACUUUGAAUCUUCAACAACAAUACAGCUCAAUGCAAAGUUUAACCGGAGAGCAAAACAGUCGGAAAAGUUCAAAUACAUCUUUACCCCCAAAUGAAUAUUUAGCACGUGCCCGCAAACGUUUGAGUUACACCCAACGCACCCAAAGUACAGACAGCAUCAACAGUUAUGAUCUGCAUAGUCUGCAACUUGCUCUGGAAGAUGAUGCAGCAGAUGCAGACAACGAUGCCGAUACACGUUCUAUGCAUUCCAUGAGCAUUAUGCCCACACCUAUGCCAUUAAUGCAACACAGGCGAUGCUCAACGCCUAGACAUUCCAUGGAUGUAGCCGGUAGUUCGGGUCCUGAAUUCGAAUAUACCAGACGCCGUGCACGUUCUGCUACAGGUCAGCGCAAUUUGGAACUAACUCCCUUAUAUAAUAUAUCUACAGAGUAUAUACCAGUGUACGCAAACCGUGCUAGCGUAACGUUUUCGACGCCACCACCAACUUCGACGAUAAGUGACGACGAAAAGUGGCAGCUGUUGCACCGUAAGCGCUGUUCCGAAGGUUCAGCACUUAUGCGUGUGCAGCAAUCGGAAUUGAGUUGUGCUGGACGUGCGGCCGGAAGUCGUAGCGCAUCACUAACGCUUGGUGGCACACCUGAAAAUAAAUGUAAUAUAAUUAAUAAUAUAGACGUGGUUGAUGGUGUACAACAACAACAACAACAACAAAAACAACCACAGUCCUGCUUCCCCCCACGUACGCACUACACACGAAAUUCCAUAAAUCUCUCCAACUCACAUUAUCGUUCGUUGCGUUUCGCACACUCGCGUUUAAGUUCCUCCCGCUUAAGUUUAUUUAUGCAGCCACUUUCUGUGGCUCACCAGGAUGGCAGUGAAAAUACUAAUGGCACUAAUGUGGAUUCUAACAACCAAUUAACCCAUCAACACAAUAAUAAUGUCAAAGCUACUACUAAUGAAACUUCUAAUUUAGUGAAUAGUACAAAUAUCAACAACACAACAGCUGCAACAAUUACAAAUUGUAGCAACAAAUACCAACAACAACAAGAACAAAAUUCAACAAUUGUUGCUAACACUGAUCUCAACAAUAAGACUAACAAUAAAACUCAAAUACAAAAACCUAACCUCACUUUUCACCAACUUCAUCAACAACAUUUAACCAUUCCCACUUCAUUACCAAAAACAACAACAACAUUAUCAUCAUCUGCAACUGCAACUUCGUUAUUACAGCAACAUCGUCCUUCGCUGCCCGUUACAAAGUUGACUAUUCGCGAUGAAGAAAUGGCAGAAGUUAUUCGAGCUUCUAUGAGUGAUGGCACUCAACGUUCGAUACCAAAAACAAUAACAUUCUUCAAAGGACCUGGAAUGAAAUCCUUAGGUUUCAGCAUUGUUGGUGGUCGUGAUUCACCCAAGGGUAAUAUGGGUAUUUUUGUAAAAACUGUAUUUCCAUCUGGGCAGGCGGCAGAUGAUGGGACACUUCAAGCGGGUGAUGAAAUUGUCGAAAUUAAUGGAAAUUCUGUUCAAGGUAUGAGUCAUGCUGAAACAAUUGGGCUGUUCAAGAAUGUUCGUGAAGGUGCUAUUGUUCUAAAGGUCUUAAGACGGAAAUUACAAAAAGCUAAAUCAAUGGGAACAUAACUAUACCGAAAAUCGGAUGGAAAGCUUACGUUUUAGCAAGAGCCAAAUAUAAUAAAGCAACUUGUAAGGAUAUACGAUCCGGAAAACUUUAUUAAUUACAUGUAUGGUGUACAUUCCAACUAAAUUUUAAUUAGCAGGGGCUAAGUUA